AUGGGCGAGAGCGUCACGUACGCUCACCUGCGGUUCUCCAAAACCCCCCCAGGAUGGAGCGCAGCCCCCCGAGCACAGAGGGCAGCCCCCCGAGCCCCGGGCGAGGCUGACAGGAGCUACGAGAACCUGCAUCUGGGCGCAGUGGGCGCGGGGCCGGCCGGGAGCAGGGCCCAGCAGCGCAGAGAGCCCCGGCGGAGUGUGUGGCCCCUGCCCCUGGGCCUGCUGGCAGCCUGCCUGGCCCUGCUGGUCACCACCAUCGCCCUGGGGGUCUGCUACUGGCAGGAGAGGCAGCGGCUGCAGCAGGCAUCCCACUCACAUGCAGCCGAGCGCCACGGCCUGUGGCAGCAGGGGGGCACCCAGGAGCAGCGGCUGGGGCAGGCGGGUAAGGCGCUGGUGCAGGCCCAGGAGGAGCUGGCACGGACCCGAGCGGAGCUGGCACAGGCCUGGCAGGAGGGGAACCGCAGCCAGGAGGAGCUGCACAACCGGGACACAGAGCUGCAGGAGACCAAGGUGCAACUGGGCCAGGUGCAGGAGCAGGCCUGGGACCUGCAGCAGCAGCUGAACAAGACUGAGAGUGCCCUGGCCAGCGCACGGCCCUGCCAGGUCACAGACUGCUGCCCGGGGACCUGGGUGCUGCACCGCGGGAAGUGCCUGUUCCUCUCCAAAGAGGAGAAGAACUGGUGGGACAGCAAACGCGAGUGUGAAAAUAAUUCCUCCCGGCUCCUCAUCCUCCAUAACUGGGACCAGACGAAGAUGCCGAGCUUCCUCACCAACACAGAUGACUUGUACUGGAUUGGACUCCAGAAGGACUGGCGUGGCAAGGACAAGUGGAUUUGGAUCAAUGGGACCCAGUACCCGGAGUGA